AUGGCUACCUCGCUGCCGGCGCCGGCUCUUAUGAUCCCUCCGCGUGUUGACCUGGACGGGGACGACCCGAGCACGCUGGUCCGUGGCACGCCGGAGUGGCUGCGGGAGACGCUGAAGUCGACGUCCGGAGAGAUGACGAGGCUGGCCCGUGUGAUCCUCGCCAUGGUCGUCGAUAGCUACGGCCUCGCGCACCGCUCCGACGAGAUCGUCGGCGUCGGCACCACGGACGCAAACUUCCGCAUGCUCAGGUACUGCAAGGACUCCCUCGGGGCGUCGCCGCCGGACGAGCAGCCGGCCGUCGCCCUCGCCGCCCACGUCGACGGGAGCUACCUGACCGUUCUGUUCCAGAACGACGUCGACGGCUUCGAGCUCAGGACGAGGAACGGCGGCGAGUGGGUCAGAGUCCGCCCUCCAGGCCCCGACUCCCUCCUCGUCGUCGCUGGGCAGGCACUCAUGGCUUUGAGCAACGGGAGGGUUCACGCGCCGUUGCACAGGGUGGUGGCCGUCGGCGGGCGGGAGGACCGGCUGUCCUGCGGCGUGUUCCUGCAGCCAACCAAGAACUUCGUCGUCGAUGCGCCGCCGGAGCUGGUCACCGCGGACACGCCGCGCCGGUUCAGGCCGUUCGAGUACGUGGACUACCUGAGGUUCAAGCACACCGCCGGCAACAGCAACGGCGACGACGUGCUCCACCGCUUCGCCGGGAUGUAACAUGCAGUAAUUAAUGUCGCUUCUGCUAAGCUACUGUAGUGAGUGAUCGCACGUCUACCGAUCAAUAAAUUGUGGUUUACGAUCAGGCGGCCACAGGAUUUGGCCUUGG